AUGCUCGUUGCAUUCUCUGCAGCCUCUUUUGGCAGGGUCCUCGCUUACACCGUCAUCUGCGCCAUCGGGCUCAUCGUGGCCAUCCUCUGUGUCAGGGGUGCUUUCACGGAUGAGCGACUCUACAUCCUGCCUUACCUGGUGUUUCAUGCUAUGGUCCUCGUGGUCCUGGCCAUCCUUUUUUUCAUCAUGAUCAGUACCGUCCCCAGCAGCACCCAAAGGUCACCUUCGAUCGUCGAACGGUUGGCCAGUAUCCGGACAGCUUCGCCACUGGAUGGCAGCCAGGUCCUUGGAAUCAUCUGCUCUCUCUUUGUCUCGUUGUGCAUUAGGUGCUACUUCUUCGUGGUGGUGCUGUCCUUCUACAAGCAGUUGACAAAUGCUGCAAACAAGUCGGCCAUUGGUAUGGUGCCUGCGGCUCAAUCUCUCUACCCUGGCAUUUAUGUGCCACCUCGGAGCUACAGUCCCGUUCUCCCGGCACCCCAGCGCUUCUCGGACUCCAGGACGAGCCUCGUGUGA